AAAAAACUUCUCCGAUCUCCUCAUGAUUUUCUGAGUUCAGACGAAAAACAAGUACAGAAAUGUCUGGUUUUGCCGGUGUUAUUGUUUCUGAUCCAUGGCUUCAGAGCCAAUUCACUCAAGUCGAGCUUCGUAACCUUAAGUCCAAAUUCCUUUCAGCGAGGAAUCAAUCUGGCCGUGUAACACUGGGAGAUUUGCCACCAGUAAUGGCGAAAUUAAAGGUGUUCAGUGAAAUGUUAACUGAGGAGGAGAUUAAAUCUAUCUUGAGUGCGUUGUCUUCGAACAUGAGCGAAGAAAUUGAUUUCGAAUCUUUCCUUCGGGCAUUCCUGAACUUACAAGCACGAGCAAUGCCAAGAUUGGGUGAUUUCAAAAGAUCUACCUCAUUCCUUAAGGCCUCAACAACCACCCUUCGCCACACCAUUAGCGAAUCAGAGAAGGCCUCUUAUGUUGCUCAUAUUAACAGUUUCCUUGGGGAAGAUCAAUUCUUGAAGAAAUAUCUUCCACUCGAUGCAUCUACCAAUGCUUUAUUCGAUCUUGCAAAGGAUGGUGUUCUUCUCUGUAAGCUCAUCAAUGUGGCUGUUCCUGGUACCAUAGACGAGCGAGCAAUCAAUACCAAAGGGGUACUUAAUCCGUGGGAGAGGAAUGAGAACCACACGCUUUGCCUCAAUUCUGCAAAGGCUAUUGGCUGCACUGUGGUUAAUAUUGGCACACAGGAUUUAGUUGAAGCAAGACCCCAUCUGGUACUUGGGUUGAUCUCUCAAAUAAUUAAGAUACAACUGUUGGCUGAUCUCAAUCUGAAGAAAACUCCUCAACUUGUGGAAUUGGUGGAGGACAGUAAGGAUGUGGAAGAGCUCAUUGGCUUACCGCCAGAAAAGGUUCUAUUGAAAUGGAUGAAUUUUCAUCUGAAAAAGUCAGGCUACAAGAAGCAGGUUACAAACUUUUCAUCUGAUUUAAAGGAUGGAGAGGCCUAUGCUCACUUGCUCAAUGUUCUUGCACCGGAACAUGGAACCACCACCACAUUGGAUACAAAAGAUCCAACUGAAAGAGCAAAUUUGAUUCUUGAGCAAGCGGAGAAACUGGAUUGUAAAAGAUAUGUCAGUCCAAAGGACAUCGUCGAGGGCUCACCAAAUCUAAAUUUGGCAUUUGUUGCACAAAUUUUCCAGCACAGGAAUGGCCUCUCUGUGGACAACAAGAACAUUUCCUUUGCUGAGAUGAUGACGGAUGAUGCUCAAACUUCUAGGGAAGAAAGGUGUUUUCGACUGUGGAUUAACAGUCUUGGAAUCGAAUCAUAUGUCAAUAAUGUGUUUGAGGAUGUCAGAAAUGGAUGGGUUUUGUUGGAAGUUCUUGACAAAGUCUACGCUGGCUCAGUUAACUGGAAGCAAGCAAGCAAACCUCCUAUUAAGAUGCCUUUCAGAAAAGUUGAAAAUUGCAACCAAGUUAUAAGGAUUGGAAAGGAAGUAAACUUCUCCCUUGUCAAUGUAGCUGGUAAUGAUAUUGUGCAAGGAAACAAGAAGCUCAUACUGGCUUUUCUAUGGCAAUUGAUGAGGUUUUCUAUGCUCCAACUCCUCAAGAACUUGAGGUCUCACUCCCAAGGAAAGGAGAUAACAGAUGCUGACAUUCUUUAUUGGGCAAACAACAAAGUGAAAAGCUCGGGCAGAACAUCUCAAAUGGAGAGCUUUAAGGAUAAAAACCUUUCAAAUGGAAUAUUUUUCCUUGAACUUCUUACUGCUGUGGAGCCAAGGGUUCUCAACUGGAGUCUUGUUACUAAGGGCGAAACUGAUGAGGAUAAGAAGUUAAACUCAACAUAUAUAAUCAGUGUUGCUCGAAAGCUUGGGUGCUCCAUUUUUUUAUUGCCUGAAGACAUAAUUGAGGUGAACCAGAAGAUGAUCCUCACCCUAACUGCAAGCAUCAUGUACUGGAGUCUGCAGCAAACCCCUACUGAAGACAAUAAAGUAGCUGAUGCAUUUCCACCAACUUCCAGAGACGGUGACGACGAAGCUGUUGCAGUUGGAGAGCUCUCCAAUUCAUCCAUAGAUGAUCCUGCUUCCAAUACUACUCUCUCUCCACGGGUUGGAAAUGGACAGCCCUCUGAACGGGUUGAGAAGGAUGAAGCAUCACUGCAGACUGAAAUGGACAAAACUUUUGAUGAAGAAUGACCAAGCAAUUCAUCAUUUUUCCCUUUUACCCUUUGGGUCCUCGGUUUUUCUUUAAGAGGGCGAGAUCAAAAUUGAUCGCAGUUAGUUGGUAUGUCAGUUGCUAAUCUUCUAUGUUAUAUAACAUUCAUGUUUAGGCAAUUCACAGUAAAAUAUGUGGAAAAGAAGAUUGAAAAGACGGCUUGUAAAUUUUUUUGUGUAAUUAAAGUUGAGUGUCUCUGAAUUCUUCAUUUGAUUAAUAAACAUAAUGAGGAAGUCAGGGAGAAAAUUCAGUUGAUGGCUUUUUGUUAUCAGUUUUC